CGCCGCAUGAUUCGCCGCCCUCCUCCUCCUCCUCCUCCUCCUCCUCGUUGCCUCCUCCUCCCCGCCUCCGACUCGCCGUCGCCAUCGAUCCACCGACUCGGCCCCUGCCGUCGCAACCCGCCUCGCUGGGCAUGGCCCUGCUGCGCGCGGGCCCGAUCCGGAGCCUUGGGUACGCACGCGGCCUCUCCCCCCUCGCCCUGCUCAUGGAUCCGGCCGCCGACGCCGAGGGCGCGGGCUACGAGGACGCCUCGGAGUUCGCCGACGCGGAGACGGAUGGAGACGAGGUCGCGGGGCCGCGGAUGGCGGCGGGGGGCGAGGAGGUGAGGAGGGAGCUGCCCGAGGAGCUCGCCAGGGGGGUGGUUUGUCUCGAGUGCGAGACGUCGCCCGAGGCGGAGGCGGCGGGUGCGGGCGCGACCUGCCGCGUCUACGUCGUCGGCACCGCCCAUGUGUCACAGGAAUCAUGUGACCAAGUAAAAGCCGUCAUCGACUACCUGAAACCUCAGGCUGUUUUCUUGGAGCUCUGUGCCAGCAGGGUUGCCAUUUUGACACCACAAAACCUUCAGGUUCCUACCAUGAACGAAAUGAUUGACAUGUGGAAGAAAAAGAAGAUGAACACUUUUGGAAUACUCUACAGUUGGUUUCUUGCAAAAGUCGCUAGCCAGCUUGAUGUGUUACCUGGGGCUGAAUUUCGAGUGGCAUUUGAGGAAGCAAUGGGUUAUGGUGGCAAAGUUAUCCUUGGAGACCGCCCUGUCCAGAUCACUUUGAGAAGGACUUGGGGGAGGAUGUCAUUAUGGCACAGGGCAAAGUUUCUGUACUACAUUGUUUUCCAGUCCAUAUUUUUACCAAGCCCAGAGGAGCUUAAUAAAAUGCUGAAGGACAUGGAGGAUGUUGACAUGCUAACACUUGUUAUUCAAGAGAUGAGUAAGGCAUUUCCUACCUUGAUGGAGACACUCCUACAUGAACGUGAUAUGUAUAUGUCCUCCAAAUUAUUGAAGGUAGCGAGGGAACAUUCAUCGGUGGUGGCAGUUGUAGGAAAAGGACAUGUUUCUGGAAUAAAGAAAAAUUGGGAACAGCCCAUCCAGAUAGAAACUUUACUGGACUUACCAGUGGUUAAGCAAGGUGCUUCAAAGAUGAAAAUUUUGGCAUCCAUUGGAGCAUUAGGUGGUGUAGUAAUAGCAACCGGAAUCUACAUAUGGGGUAGAAAAUAACAGUGCCAAUCCAAUAUUUCUUCUUUUCAUCGUCCCAUAAUGCCUAACAUUGUAUUUACCUUUUACAAAUAAUCUUUAAAUUCACAAAUAGAUGCAAUUUUCUGAUACUGAAGUCAAAACAAAUGAAACGACAAAUUCAGUGAAA